AUGCAAAACCCUGGCAAAGAUUCCACAACCACUACUAAGUCUCCUUCUUCCUCUCAUCCUGAUCAACCCCCUCCUCCUCCUGGCCCCACUCAAACUGUCGCCGGUGAUGUCACCGCAACCGGAGGAGGAGGAAGCAGCGUAGGAGGUAUCGCCGGCUCCGAUGCUAGAAUAGUCCAAGUGGUGGACCCUACUCCUGUUGGUGAUGGAUCUUCAGUGGCGGGAGCAGCCGGUGGUGAAGGUGGGUCCUCUGCGGCGGUGGUGAGUGUGGAAGGUGGAGUGAUGGUGGUGGAAGGUGGGUCGUCGGUGGCUUCAAAGCCGGGGGAGAAACCGGGUAAGCAGAAGCGGAAGUCGUCUCAACUGUCAGAUCCUCCGCCGUGGCCACCCAAAUGCAACGAGUGCGGGAAAGAGUUUCCCAGUUGGAAAGCUGCGUUUGGACAUAUGAGGGCGCACCCGGAACGCGAUUAUCGAGGUUUCUUCAGACCUCCUACUUCCUCUUCUUCAUCAUCACCAACAAGGCAACGCGUUCGCCUAGCUGCAGGAGAGAAUAUUAAUACAGGUGUGGAAGAACAAGGUGGAGGGCAGAAGGGAGGAUCAUCGGGUGCCGGAGGGGUUGGGUUUGAUCUGAAUCAGCCGACUACGGAGGAAGUGGAAUCUUCUAAUUCUGAGGCUGUACAGAGAAACCAAGCACUGGACUCUACUUCUUUGGCUGCAGAAAGGAGUGCUGCUCAAGAGGAAAAGAAAGUUGGGUUUGACCUGAACGAACUUCCUGCUUCUGAAGAAGAUGAUCAUCAUCAACACAAGCCCUAA